AUGGAGAAUAUUAAAAGAGGAAAACUCAAGCUCAAGAAUGGCAGUAACCUCAAGGUCGUAUCUAAGCACAGGAAGAACAAGAAGAAGAUGAUGAAACAUCAAGAGAUAGAAGAAGAAAAGCGCUAUCAUGAAGACAAGAGCGACGAUGUGGACGUGGAUGAAAUGACCCCAGCACAACGCCGACAUGCUGAACACCAGAAGAAAAGAGAGCAAGAGGAUAUAAAAAAGCUAGCGUCAAAGACGUACAGAGAGCGCAUUGAAGAGCUCAAUCAGCACCUCGGGAGUCUCACAGAACAUCACGAUGUGCCUCGUGUAUCAGCUGCUGGCAAUGGUUAA